CCGAGCCGACCUCCAGAGCAGCAGCUCCCCGCCGCAGCGCAGAGGAGAUGAAGAGACGGCUUCACAAGAAGUACCUGGUUCUGAUUCUGGCUUACUCCGGGUUGCUGCUGCUCAUCCCCUACGUGCUGGACUACCGGGACCGAUCCGUGCAGCAGGCGGGCCGGGGGCUCCCGCAGCAGCAGCCCAGAUGUCCGGAGCUGGAGAACUCGGUGGCGCUGCUGUGGGAUGACGGUUACAGAGCCAACGGCAGCGACGCCGCGGAGCCCGCCGCCAACCGGAGCCAGGCCCGGGUGCACAUCUACGUGCACGCCACCUGGAGGACCGGCUCCUCGUUCCUGGGCGAGUUGUUCAACCAGCACCCCGAUGUGUUCUACCUGUACGAGCCCAUGUGGCACAUCUGGCAGGCGCUGUACCCGGGGGACGCCGGCAGCCUGCAGGGCGCCGUGCGGGACAUGAUGAACGCCCUGUACCGCUGCGACUUCUCCGUGCUCAAACUUUACGCAGGCACGCAGAACAUCACCACGUCGUUCAUCUUCGGCUGGAAGAUGAACAAGGUGAUCUGCUCGGAGCCGCUGUGCGAGGGGCACAAGCGCCACGAAGUCGGGCUGGUGAAGGAGGACCAGUGCGCAAAGUGCCCGAAGAGGGACAUCAGGGAGCUGGAGCGGGAGUGCAAGAAGUACCCCGUGAUGGUGAUCAAAGGAGUCCGCGUCCUGGACCUGAGCACCCUGGUGCCUCUGAUGAAGGACCCGGCCAUCAACCUCCAGAUCGUCCAGCUCUUCAGAGACCCGAGGGCCGUGCACAACUCGCGGCUCAAGUCCAAGCAGGCGCUGGUGAAGGAGAGCAUCCAGGUGCUGAGGAGCAAGAAGCAGGCCGACAAGUACAAGCGGCUGCUGGUGUCGAGCAACAGGGUGAACCGGGCCGAGAGCUACGUCUCCAGCGCCAUGGAGCUCAUCUGUGACAACUGGUUCAGUGACAUCAUGCUGGUGAUGAACGCGCCUCCGUGGGUGAGGAGGAACUACCUGCGCCUCCGCUACGAGGACCUGGUCCUGCACCCCAUGGGGGAGCUCCAGAGGCUCUACCGCUUCGCCAACCUGUCCAGCGUCCCUGCCCUGGAGAGGUUUGCGCUCAACAUGACGCACGGCCAGGGGUACUCCUCGGACAAGCCCUUCCUCAUCUCAUCCAGAGAUGCCAAAGAGGCCAUCUACGCGUGGAGGGAGCGGCUCAACGUGGAGCAGAUCAACCAGGUGGAGGCCUACUGCAGUGAGGUCAUGAGGCAGCUGGGGUAUCAGAAGAACAACCUGGACAAAGCCACAUGAGGAUGUGGUUCGAGGAAUCGAUGGGAUCAAGGGGCCUUGCAUUCAAGGCUGAGGGCGAAAGGCGGAAUAACAAAACAAGCAGCUGGAAUGUGGUCCACUCGUGAGCACGUCUCUCGGGUUGUUUUCCUUCAGCCGAGCCAGGUCGGUGAAGUGGAGAGAAUCCAAGUGGACAGAGCAGCCAAUCGGAGACAGAUGAAUUUGAAACGGGAGGAAGGCAGCUUAUUUUUACAGUGUUACCUGUAUAACAUCAACAGGGCCUGGACAGAUAUAAAGAAUGUGGGGAGGGGAAAUAAACAGAAGAAAGAGAGAGAGGUUUCCACUGGCGCCACACCGGCCUCCCUCUUUCCUACUGUCCUUUUAGUAGCACUAAUCCCUCCUCAAAUCCCCUGCAGGCCAGGGCCAUAAAAAGCUCAAGAUGGGUCCUUAUCUGGAGACGAAGGCCAGGAUCCAGCGUGGCAGAAUCAGGUUCGCUCACACCUGAAUGACGUAUCUGUCCAGCUUAUGACUAAGCGUGGCAGUAAUCUCGAGCAAUACUGACACUCAAUAACUGCAACUGGCUCACUAACCGUGCUAAUGUAGAGCUCUGAAAGAAGAAGCUACAGUAUUUUCUGCAAAGGAGGCCUCGUUGAGGAACUAUUGUUUCACCCCCGACCCCUCAGGAAUCCGGACAGCUGCAGCACCCCACUGACAAAACACUCACAUGGGUGGGACAUUUUUGAAGAGCCAAUGGACGCGUCUUGCAAAUCUGCCUCCGUCCUCUGCCAAUGGACUUUUCCACAAGUUGCCACAAACAGCAAUCGGUACUGAAUCGUAUUGUGUACCAUUCUUACUGUUGUUUCUAGUUUUGUCAAAAAUAUUGUAAAAUGCUGUGAUAUCCCUCUGGUUAAGGAUGUGUUGAGGAGGGGUGAAAUAAUAACCAGCAUCCAUGUGUUCAACUUUAGAAGUUGGUUCUGUUAUAAUAAUUGUUCUGGGUGGUUUACCUGAAGUUCUCUUGUCAAAGAAAGAAAUAACCUGUAUGCUAUUUAAA